AUGUUAAGAAGCAAAUUGGACGCGAAAGAACGAGCUGCCGAAGAAGGACUGGACAGUUAUUCGUGUGAGGAGUUGAGGGGUAUGUUCGGACGGUUGUGUACACGAAUGGUGCAUCGACUGAACGAGACUGAGAUGCAGAACAACGAAAUGAACAUGCUCGCGAAACAGAUUACACAGAUGCAGAACACUCGAAGGACAUUGGAAGAGCGUAAACGUCAGCUUGAUGGACCGCCACCAGGUCCACCGCCCGCUCAA